AGCAGCGGCUCCGGACCAGCGGGAGUCAAACUGCUCUUUAUUGAUGUUCUGCAGUGGCGCUCCCUGUCAGAUUCUAUGAGAGGAGACACAGUGCGUGAUUUGUACUCGCGGGUGGAUUUUUGCUCUUCGUGGACAUCAUGUGGACUCCGACAGAGGAGGAGAAAAUUGGAGUGGUGAUCUGCAACUUCCGGGGCUCAGUGAGUCAGGGUCUUGCUCUGGAGGUGGGUGAGACGGUUCAGAUUCUGGAGAAAUGUGAAGGAUGGUACCGAGGAUUCUCGAUGAGAAAGCCAAACGUCAAGGGACUUUUUCCAGCCAGUUAUAUUCACCUGAAGAAAGCCAUUGUCACCAACCGAGGGCCACAUGAGACGGUGGUUCCACUUGAAGAUUCCAUCGUGACUGAGGUCACGUCAACCCUGCAGGAGUGGGCUUUACUGUGGAAGCAGCUCUAUGUGAAACACAAGGUGGACUUGUUCUAUAAAGUCCGUCACGUGAUGAUGGAGCUGAUCGACCUGAGGAGACAACUCCUCUCUGGACAUCUGACGCAGGACCAAAGUCGAGAAGUCAAGAGACAUGUCACUGUCAGAGUGGACUGGGGCAACGAACAUCUGGGUCUGGACUUGGUACCAAGAAAGGAGUUUGAGAUGGUGAAUGAAGACCAAAUAAGUGUCUCAGAUCUUUAUAAAAUGCAUUUGUCCAGCAGACACAGCGUGCAGCAGAGCACUGCUCAGCCCGACGGGACUCGACACAGGCACGGGGAGCCGGGGAGAGUUCCAGUAGCACACCACCUACUGGUCAACCUGAAGAGCUUCACCUACAGCAGCAUAGGAGAAGACACAGACAUUUUCUUCUCUCUGUACGACCUGAGAGAAGGAAAAACUAUCAGUGAGAAGUUCAUGGUGAGACUGAACAAGAACGGAGGACCAAAGAAUCCAGAGAAGGUGGACAGACUGUGUGCGCUCUUCACGGAUCUGAGCAACAAAGACAUGAAGCGAGAUCUCUACAUCAUUUCUCAGGUCAUCAGAACUGGUCGCAUGCUGUUGAACGACAGUAAAAAAGGUCCUCCACAUGUUCAGUACCGCCGACCGUACGGCUGUGCAAUCCUCGCCAUGAGUGAUGUGCUGCAAACCAUCUCAGAACUCAAAGAGGAAAAAGACUUCGUCCUUAAAGUUUACAUGUGUAACAAUGAAAACGAGUGGUUCCAGAUCCACGAAAACAUCAUCCGCAAAUCCAGCACCAAGUACACAGCUCCCAGUACCAACUACGGUCUCAUCAUCUCCUUGCAGCUACUGCGUGGUGACAUGGCGCAGAUCCGCCGAGAGAACCCACUCAUCUUCAGCAGGGGCGUGGCCAUCACCCGCAAGCUGGGCUUCCCUGAUGUCAUCAUGCCAGGCGACGUCCGUAACGACCUGUACCUGACGCUGGAACGAGGAGACUUUGAAAGAGGAGGAAAGAGCGUUCAGAAGAACAUUGAAGUCACCGUUUAUGUGAUCUACGCAGACGGAGAGAUUCUGAAGGACUGCAUCAGCCUGGGUUCCGGUGAGCCAAACAUGCCGGAUCACCACUCCUUCGUGCUCUAUCACAACAACAGCCCUCGAUGGAGUGAAGUGAUUAAACUGCCCAUUCCCAUAGACCGGUUCAGAGGAUCCCACCUCCGCUUUGAGUUCAGACACUGCUCCACAAAGGAUAAAGGAGAGAAGAAGCUUUUUGGUUUUUCCUUCACUCCUCUUAUGCGGGAGGAUGGAACCACUCUGUCUGACGAGAGUCACGAACUCUACAUUUACAAGUGUGACGAGAACACGACUUUCAGUAACCACGCCCUGUACCUGGGUCUGCCGUGCUGUAAGGACGACUUUAACAGCUGUCCCAACAUCCCGUCCAGCCUCGUCUUCCAGCGCAGUGCUAAGGAGACGUUUUUCAUCUCCACACAGCUCUCCUCCACCAAACUCACACAGAACGUGGACCUUCUGGCCCUGUUGAAGUGGAAAGCCCAUCCAGACCGCGUGAUGGACAUACUCGGUCGACUACGACACGUCAGUGGAGAGGAGAUUGUCAAGUUUCUUCAGGACAUCCUGGAUACCUUAUUCUCCAUCCUGGAUGACAACACCGACAAAUACGGACCGCUAGUCUUUCAGUCAUUGGUAUUCAUUAUAAACCUCCUCAGGGACAGUAAAUACUACCACUUCAGGCCGGUGAUGGACACUUACAUCCAGAAGCAUUUUGCUGGAGCGUUGGCCUACAAAGAGCUGAUCCGCUGUCUGAAGUGGUACAUGGACCGCUCUGCCGAGGUGGUCAGACAGGACCACAUACAGGAAGCCAUGAGGGCCCUGGAGUACCUGUUUAAGUUUAUCAUUCAGUCUCGUAUCCUUUACUCUCGGGCGACCUGCGGUAUGGAGGAGGAACAAUUUCGUACCAGCAUUCAAGAGCUCUUUCAGUCCCUCCGCUUCGUCCUCAGUCUGGACAGCCGCAGCUCGGAGACCCUCGUCUUCACACAGAGCCCCCACCCUUGUUCACCUCCAAAUCAAGUCCCCAGCUUUGGUGUUGGGCCUGCAACUCCUUUAGCUCUAAUGCCUUCCACGGGCCAAGUCCAGCCCACAGGACAGACCCCUGCCAGUGUGCAAAUGAGCUGCACUCAGGCCUGGAGCGCCAAUGCUCCACAGUCAUCUCCAUUGUCAGCUGCUCUGCUGAACUCCUUCCCAGCGAUCUUUCAUGAGAUGCUGCAGAUGUUUACGGUGCAGGAAGUGGCGGAGUUUGUGCGAGGCACUCUGGGCAGCAUGCCAUCCACGGUACACAUCGGACAAUCGAUGGACGUGGUCAAACUUCAGUCCAUCGCCCGGACUGUGGACAGCAGACUCUUCUCCUUCCCUGAGUCCCGGCGGAUCUUGCUUCCUGUGGUUCUGCACCACAUCCACCUCCACCUGAGGCAGCAGAAGGAGCUUCUCAUCUGCUCUGGAAUCCUCGGUUCCAUUUUCUCCAUCAUCAAGAGCUGCUCACUGGACACAUCGGUGCAGGAGGAGGUGGAGAUGAUGGUGGAGUCCCUGUUGGACGUUCUCCUGCAGACCCUGCUGUCAAUCAUGAGCAAGAGCCAGUCGCAGGAGGCGGUAAGGAGCCAGCGCUGUCCGCAGUGCACCGCGGAGAUCACUGGAGAGUACGUGUCGUGUCUCCUGUCCCUCCUUCAGCAGAUGACAGACAUCCACUUCCAACAUUUGAUGGACAACUUUCAGAGCAGAGAUGAGGUCAAGGAGUUCUUUUUGAAGAUCUUAUGUGUGUUCAGGAACCUGAUGAAGCUCAGUAUUUUUCCACGUGACUGGAACGUCAUGAGGCUCCUCAACAGCAAUAUUAUCCUGACCACAGCUCAGUAUUUGUCUCCUGCGCUACACAAGAACUUCAGAGAUGCUGAAUUUGACUUUAAGGUGUGGAACUCUUACUUCAGCCUGGCGGUUCUCUACAUCAACCAGCCCAGCUUACAGCUGGAGAACCUCAGUUCUGCAAAGAGGAAGAAAAUCUUAGACAAGUAUGGUGACAUGAGAGUGAUGAUGACCUAUGAACUGUUCAGCAUGUGGCAGAAUUUGGGUGAGAAUAAGAUCCAUUUCAUCCCUGGUAUGAUUGGACCGUUCUUGGGAGUCACACUGGUUCCUCAAGUGGAGGUUCGGAACAUCAUGAUCCCCAUUUUUCAUGACAUGAUGGACUGGGAGCAACGCAAAAACGGAAACUUCAAACAGGUGGAGGCUGAGCUGAUUGACAAACUUGACAGUUUGGUUUCAGAGGGCAAAGGUGACGAGAACUACAGAGAACUCUUCAGUUUGCUAACACAGCUGUUUGGGCCGUACCCCAGUCUUUUGGAGAAGAUGGAGCAGGAGACAUGGAGAGAGACGGGGAUUUCCUUUGUUACAUCUGUCACACGACUGAUGGAGCGACUUUUGGACUACCGGGACUGUAUGAAAGGAGACGAGACUGAAAACAAGAAGAUUGGCUGCACUGUUAAUCUCCUGAAUUUCUACAAAUCAGAGAUCAAUAAGGAGGAGAUGUACAUCCGCUACAUCCACAAACUGUGUGACAUGCACCUACAAGCUGAGAACUACACAGAGGCUGCAUUCACGUUGCUCUUGUACUGGGAACUGCUACACUGGGAUGAACGGCCCCUGAAAGAGUUCAUGCACUAUCCUGCUCAGACAGAGUGGCAUCGCAAGGAGGGACUUUGCCGCAAGGUCAUUCACUACUUUAACAAGGGCAAGUGUUGGGAGUAUGGCAUUCCUCUCUGCAGGGAACUGGCCUUUCAGUAUGAAUCUCUUUAUGACUACCAGAGCCUCAGCUGGAUUCGGAAAAUGGAGGCAGCGUAUUAUGACAACAUAAUGGAGCAGCAGCGACUGGAACCGGAGUUCUUCAGGGUCGGAUUCUAUGGCAGAAAGUUUCCCUUCUUUCUCAGAAACAAAGAGUUUGUGUGUCGUGGCCAUGACUAUGAAAGGCUUGAGGCUUUCCAGCAAAGGAUGCUGGGAGAAUUCCCACAGGCCAUUGCAAUGCAGCACCCCAACCAGCCAGAUGAGGGCAUUCUGCAGUGCGAUGCACAAUACCUGCAGAUUUACGCGGUAACACCAGUACCGGAUAGUGUCGGUGUCCUCCUGAUGGACAGAGUACCAGACCGAAUCAAGAGCUUCUACCGGGUUAACAAUGUCAGGCGUUUCCGUUAUGAUCGCCCUUUCCACAAAGGAUCCAAAGACCGUGACAAUGAGUUUAAGAGCCUUUGGAUCGAGAGGACGACUUUGAUUCUCACCCACCCUCUGCCUGGAAUUUCAUGCUGGUUUGAGGUGGAGAAGAGAGAGCUGGUGGAGGUGAGUCCUUUAGAAAACGCCGUCUCCGUUGUGGAGAACAAGAACCACGAGCUUCGGACUCUAAUCAGCCAAUACCAGCACAAGCAGCUGCACGGAAACAUCAACCUGCUUAGCAUGACGCUCAACGGCGUCAUUGAUGCUGCUGUUAACGGAGGCAUUGCCAGAUACCAAGAGGCUUUCUUUGAUAAGGUUUACAUCACCAGCCACCCCGAAGACUCGGAGAAGAUCACGCAGCUGAAAGACCUGAUGCAGGAGCAGGUGCACAUCCUGGGUGUUGGUCUUGCGGUGCACGAGAAGCUGGUCCACCCAGAGAUGCGCCCACUGCACAAGAAGCUGAUCGACCAGUUCCAGAUGAUGAGGAGCAGCCUGUGCCACGGUCUGCCAGGAUUGGACAAACCAGGAUCGGGGUUAACCAGAGGGUUUCUGUCCUCUCACAUGAGCACAGACAGCUUCAAACUGCUGCAACGGCACAGUGAGAUGGCAAACGUCGGUAAUCUGCUGAUGCUGGCUGAUGGUGUUGUGGUGGAGCAUCCCGAGGACUUCUACCGCAUGCAGGCAAGCCCCUCCUCUUCCAGUAUUAGCUCCACCCACUCUGCACCAUCUCAGAUGAUAAACUCCACCCCCUCCACCCUUAGGGUUGGUUCACCAUCUCUGCCAGACAAAUACAGACACAACACAGAAAUGCUGCUGCUGCUGCCACCACACCGAGAGAGGCCAAGCAGCGCCAUGUACACCAAUGCCACCGAGAACGGACAGCCUGCCAAUUUUCAGCGAGCACUGUUCCAUCAGGUGACUGGUCCAUGUAAGCCCUGCAGUGACCCCAACCUGUCUGUGGCUGAGAAAGUCCUCACCACUCCCAGCAGUUGGAGUCUGGACAGCGGCAUCAGAGACGGACUCCCCUUCCUCUCGGCUCACGUCGGCAGUGUCAUGGCGCCACCUGUUCCCCCACGCAACCUGCCUCAUGGACAGCACAUGUCGAUGCACUUUGACGCUUUCCACCACCAGGUCAGCGAGCUCCCUCCAGCUCUCCCUGCACGCUCCUUAAGAAAGUCCCCCCUGCACCCUAUACCUGCCUCGCCCACCAGUCCACAGUCCUUCCUGGAUGGCAGCAACUCCACCCUGUCGGGCAGUGCCAGCUCGGGAGUAUCCUCCCUCAGUGAGAGUAAUUUUGGCGGUCCCGCCUCCUCCUCUGAUCCCACUGCCAGCCGCACAGACACUCUGGAGUCUGGCCCCAGCAGUCAGGCCUGGAACACUGACCAAGAAGACCUGGACUCUCCUUACCAGCCAGUUCGGUACAGUAUCUCUGAGCCUGAUGUUCUGGGUGGAGGCAAACCUCCACCUUGCCGGAGCCACUCCGCUCCAGGAGGCGUCACCCCGGCCCAAAUAGGAGGUCAAAUCCAGCUUCCUCCUCCAGGUUCAGCCUCCAGUGGAGGUCAGUCACAACUACAUCAGCAUAAGGGGAUGCUGCAACCCCACCUGCACCACUACCACCACCACUUUUACCCACACUACAUCCCCCACUAUCCGCCGCUUUACCACCUCCAUGAGCCACCACCAGCUCUUCCCCCCAAACCCUAUCUCAGAGAGGGGUGUAUCCCAGAGGAGGACUCACUGAAUGUCCAGCCUUCACCUUCUGCACCUCCUGCACCUCGACCCAUGCCUCGCAAGAUCUCCCAACCAAUAAUUGCAGCAACUAAGGAGGAGCAAGCUAAAGUGGCAUGGGAACACGGUGUAGCUGAGCAGUAAGGCAUUAAGUGAAGAAAGACGGGCAGAUUUCCCCCGGUUGUCGUGGCUCAUUAACCAAACUGACUCAAGGUAAAAACCAGUACGGUUCUGACUGAGCGUGACCCUCCCAUUCUGUGGCAGAGUUCAGUGGUCACAUGACCUCAUCUGUCAUAGGUACGGGGUCUGUCAAU